GUAGAUCAGGACAGAGACAGAGAGCAGAUAUCAACUAAGACUUAGAGUUUGCAGGAAAGAGAAGAGAGCAUUGAGAGAGUUAAACAGUACAGUUAUAACACAUUGAGACAAGAGGAAACAGAAUGGAACAAUAAUACAGCCAGUUUUAGGGUUCAGGGAUAACGGUAUAGUGUCCAAGGGGGGAGUUUACGAUUUUGUUUUUAGGGGGGGACAGGUGGAACGAGCAGCAGUGUCUUGAGGAGUACAGGAGUAUUGUCAGGAGCCAUAUAGAACAACCAGAGAGAUGGGGAAGACAUGGAUUAUAGGAGUCAUCUCUCUCCUGGCUGUUUCUGCAACCUGGAGCUUAGAAACAGGAUAUAACCACAACAUUUCUGUGAUCUCUCACACUUCCCCUUUCCUCACCUUCGCUGUGCCUCUAGGCCUACAACACGGAGUCAUUGGUAAUUUUUUUUUUUUUUUUACCAAACCUGUUUAAUCGCCACUAGCAUGUUGCCACAUUUUUGGUCAGAGAGAGAUAGGGCUUUAUGUUUCAGGAGAGGAGAAAGAGGAAAUUAUUCAAAAAAGUUUCCUGUUCCUUGGAAUGAGGCCUGAUAGUCUGCAUGACUCAGAGAUAGGUCUGAAUAUCCGACAUAGCCACAUCAAGCUCCUCUAUAUAUUGUAUGUAUUGUAAAAAGAUAAUGAUACAUAUACGUAGGCCUAUAAUAAUACUCAUACAACUGUAUCACACAUGCAUUUAAUAUGAAACCAUUUAUUCAUUUACCGUCCAUUUAUCCAAAAGUCAUUUUUAUUUAAAUAAGUACAAUUCUUUGAAGUAGUUAUUUUAAUAGUAUUUCUUUAGCUGCCAGGAGUGAACAUUUCCACCUGGGGAAUAAUGCCAUCUUAAAGUGCAGCAAUAAGACUUGGAGUGAGAUGAUCUACACCAUCUGGAAAAUAAAACUGGAUGGAAUAACGUGUCAAAUAUCAUCUAGUAAUGAUAACCAAAAUCUGAACACAUGCAAUGAUGGAAAAGCCAUGCUCAACACAUCCAGGGGUGAAUCCUACCUACAGAUUCCAGAGUUCUCAAAGAGAGAUGAGGGAAUCUACCAGUGUGAGUCGGUGUACAAAGCAGGAAGCUACGCCUCAAACAUUGAUGUAUCACUAAUAGCCCCUCCCAGUGUGUCUGCCUGGCUAGAGUGGGAGGGCAGUAGGCAGGUGGCUGUGUGUUUGGCUGAAGGGGGGAAACCAGCUGCCUCCAUCUGCUGGAGUGAAAAAUGGAACUCUACUUCAACCACCACAUUGAACCUAGAUGGCUUCAACACAGUAGAGAGUCGAUUGGUCCUGCCCGAGGGGAUUGCUAUGGGCAACCUGACUUGUGCUGUCAUACAUCCCUCCUGGGAGGAGGUGCAUAUGGUGACACCAGGAGUCGUCAUACCCUGGCGAUUAGUCAUAAUCUCCAUGGGAACUAUAAGCUUCAUCAUGGCUAUUCUGGGGGGUUUAUACUUCACACGAAAACACCCCUGCAGAAUUAGCCCCGAGGCUCCUCCGUCACAGGACUAUGUGGAGGAAGUAGAACCCUACGCCAUCUAUACACAAAGUGUCAAUUUAAUCUACAACUCCUCUGCAGACAUGUUGACAUAACACACACACACACCUCUGCACGCCACUCUGAGAACAUUGAGGUUGAAGAAACUGAUCCAGUAAACAGGGGAAUGAUGGAGGACAUGACACAGGGCUUCUGUUACAAAAGGAAAACCUCACAGAUCUGAUCACUCCUGACUGACGUGAGAAAAUGGCCAAAAACAGACUUUUCUACAACCAAAGAGAUGUGGGCAGAUGAGAGAUGCUCUUUCCAGUUUAGCAUUUUCAUAAUGAGAACUAUGACUUGCUGUGUAGUCAGCACAACUGUAUACCACUGCUCUCAUAACACACGUUUGACUGUUCCCACACUCCUGUCAUCUGCAAAUCAUGGGGAAGAGUGCAAUUUUGAGAUGUUUA